AGGCACAGAAAGCAAAAAAGACAGUAGUGAUUCUUUCCUCGUGUGAAAUCUCUUGUCCCACAAGCCGAUCACAUUACGAGUCGCUCCGAUUCUCACGUAAACUGCGCGAUUCGCGAAUCAUUGUUCUUCCCUAACCUCCAAAACGUUCGGAUUCUCGAGUUCGGCACGAAGACAUCCCCUUCGCAAGGACGAAUCGUCACGGGCUCUCAUUUUCUCGCUCAUUUACUUCGUAGUUCCAUCUAUAUCUGUCCUCCCGGUUCCCUCCGUGUGUGCUCGCUCCCAUUUUCAUUUCCUUACGUUUCCCUAUUGCGUUCAAAACUCUGUCUCUAUCCUCCGUUUUUGCGACGUGCGAAAAGUGUGACGCUGAGAAGAGACCCGAUCGUUUGAACACGCGACAUUUAAAGGGGGGCACCGUGCAGCGGCACGGAAAUACGUGAGAAUUCGAAAUAGUGCUGAGUUGGACGCAGCAAUCCUUUGGCAAGGAUUACUGUUGUGUGAAGUGUUGUGACGAGCGCGGUGGCACGGCUCAGCUUCCCGUCACGAUCACCGAGCGAACAGGCAAAAUUUUGACGAUUUACGGUCUAUGAGCGCCAAGAGCCAGGGGGACCCUGGAGAAGAUCACGUUUCCAGGGUAGGAGCAGAGAGCCCUUGCAGCGACAUGAAGCGUGCAGCUGCAAAAAAGCUCAUUGAACGAUACUUUUAUCAACUUACUGAUGGAUGUGGAAAUCCUCACUGUGACAAUCAGCAUUGUGCCUCGAGUGGCAAAGUUACUAAUCUUACUCCAAAUCAAGCAGCUGCUCAAGCAAUCCAAUUAUUCUCACAAGAAGCAAGACUUUGUGAUGGCACACAACCCAGCAAAGUUGCCCGGACUACUAUAGAGCCAGGACAAACAUCAUUAGCUAAGAGUUUACCUGUAAAAAAUGUUAAUUCUACAAGCUCCGAUGAAGGAAAACAAGAGCCAUAUCUUACAGAAGCUAAGCUUUUGGAUAUUAUAGAAAAAUGUAAAGCAGAAGGUUCAUAUUCGUUAUUAAUUCGUACUUUGGGAGAAGUAUUUUCUUCCGGGAAAGCGUUAAGUCUCAGUUUUCAAAAAACUGAGAAAAUUAAUUCCCCUUUGACGGCGCUUCUUGAACGAGCACCAGAUACCUUGUUGAGACCACCUGCGGAUUUAAAUAAGGAGGCGGUACGAUCUCUCCAAGGGGAAGACAAAGAAGAGGAUAGCAGUGAUCCAUCACCUACAGUUCCUAAUAAUGAUGAUACGAGUGUCGAUCUACCAUCAGUUCGCAGAGCUUUUGACGCACUUUGGUCUCUACCAGGUGACGUGUUUGAGUCAGCUCUGGUCAAUGCGCUAGUCACUUUGGCAGAUGACAUAGAAUUAGAUCUGAGAGUAUUCCGCAUAGUACGUUGGGAUAGUAUGGAUAGUUUGUUAAAUGUAUUUCUCAUUGUCUUUGAAAUUCCAAUGUUGGGGAAUAGUGAAUAUUUGGAAUUGGCUCUCCAUAUGUUGUGCAAAGCGUUGAGUUGCCUGCCGGUAGUGGCGCAAGCCAAGUUAGCACGCGUAUGGGCCAAACAUUGUAAAUCACGGCUUCCCAGUCUUCUGCAGGCGCUGCAAGAACUCAUAACUGUCAAGGUAAUAGGAGGAUCUUUCACACGUGACUAUUGCGUCCAGGAUGCAGAUACUAUUACUGCACCUACGAAAGUUAUGAAAAUUCUAUACUAUGCCAGUAUGUUGGCUGGUGAAUUGGAUGCGCCUGAGCUGACGCUGGGCGAAGGGGCCGAAUCAGCUGGCAGUGACAAAACUGCUUCACGAUCAACAAUAUCAGGACAGAUUCCUCAAGUAUUAUUUUUAUCGAUACUUUUAAUUCGGUGUGUUUUUGUAUUGUUCUUGAUAAAAAAAAAACGAUAUACAUUUCAGGAUCCGUUAGCGACAGAAUUAGGAAUAACUGCGUUAGAUGCACGCAAACCUUUCAUACCAUUCACUGAUUUUUAUAAUGAACCGCUUAGCGAUGCCAUAGAGAUGGACAAAGAUUUUGCUUAUUACAAGAGCGAAGAGCCAAUGAAGUUUAGCUUUAUGAAUUAUGCUUUUAUUCUUACACCAGCCACUAAAACUUUGGGUUUGUAUUACGAUAAUCGUAUCAGAAUGUAUAGCGAACGACGUAUGAGCUUUUUGCAGACCGUUGUCGGGCAACCUACUAAUCCAUAUCUCAGAUUAAAGGUGCGAAGAGAUCACUUGAUAGAUGACGCAUUAGUAGAAUUGGAAAUGGUAGCGAUGGAAAAUCCAUCCGACUUGAAGAAGCAAUUGGUCGUCGAAUUUGAAGGAGAGCAAGGUGUGGACGAAGGCGGUGUAUCUAAAGAAUUCUUUCAAUUAGUCAUAGAAGAAAUUUUUAAUCCUGAUUAUGGCAUGUUCACUACUCAGGAAGACACGCAAAUGACAUGGUUCAAUCCCACAUCGUUCGAGAGUGAUGCGCAGUUCACGUUAAUAGGCAUUGUUCUUGGCUUAGCGAUUUACAAUAAUGUAAUUCUAGAUGUACGUUUUCCAAUGGUGGUUUAUAGAAAAUUGCUAGGUAGAAAGGGCGCUUUUGCGGAUCUGGAGGACUGGAGUCCGACAUUAUAUCGAACAAUGAAAGAGUUAAUGGAGUAUACGGGAGACGACAUGCCAGAGACAUUUAUGCAAACUUUCCGAGUUGGUUACAGAGACGUAUUCGGAUCGUUGUCGUUUCACGAGUUGAAAGAAAACGGUGAUGAGCUAUAUGUCACGCAGGAAAAUAAGAAGGAGUUUGCCGACCUCUAUGCGGAUUUUUUGCUUAACAAAUCGGUGGAGAGGCAGUUUAACGCCUUCAGACGUGGCUUCCAGAUGGUUACGGACGAGAGCCCCCUCGCAUUACUUUUCAGGCCCGAGGAAAUAGAGCAGCUCGUUUGCGGAAGCAAAAUAUUCGAUUUUGCUGAGCUGGAAGCAGCCACGGAGUACGAAGGCGGCUAUACUGUCGACAGCGAAGCAGUGCGCAACUUCUGGCGUGUAGCACACUCUUUGUCACCUGAAAGUCAACGAAGGCUCCUUCAGUUCACCACAGGUAGUGAUCGAGUGCCGGUCGGCGGUCUUUCAAGGCUCAAAAUGGUCAUCGCCAGACACGGUCCGGAUUCUGAUAGAUUGCCGAUAGCACACACAUGCUUCAAUGUAUUGCUGUUGCCAGAUUACAGUACGAUAGAGAAACUGCAAGAUCGCUUAUUGAAAGCAAUUAAUUACUCGAAAGGUUUCGGCAUGUUAUGAACGUGCCGCAUAUCGCUCCACUUUCUUCCUCGGUCUUUCGAAUUUUAUUCGAAGUACACGAUAUAAGAUUCAACUCCUUUCGCCAUUUUAUUCACAGCUAUGCCAUUCGGAAGUAUUUAUCGUAAUAAUCGAAACCGUACCAGUGCGCUUAAAUGUGGAAACAUUGCUUGUGUACAACAUAAAUCAGCAGAGGACUCCUAACCCUAACAUUCUAAAAAUUCCAACGAAUCAAAGACCGAACUCUUUGUACAAAACUGAUAUUCUUGAAAAAAAAUGCUUUGAAACUAUUCUUGCACCACUGCAAGUAUCGCUUGUACCAUACUGUACGUGUACUUUUUCUACUAAAGUAAAGAUAAAGAUCGAUUUCGUUGGUCAUUCCGAAACGAUUGAGAGAAGUACAAGAGACAUUAUAUGAAACGCGCGACUGCAAUAAGCGUAAAAAUGUGGGAGACUAUACGAAACCGCAUUAUAGACACAAAUAUGUAACUUUAGCGAGACAUAAAUGAGAUGCGUUUCGGAAAUUUAAUGGCCAUACAAUUAUUUCGUGAUUUUAUGCCGUUGAAUUCUCAUUUUUGACGAACUAAAUUAAGAAUAAAUUAUAUUCUUUCUAUUUAA